CAUCCUCUCCAUGAUGUGGGAACUGAGAUCCGUUGCCUUCACCCGGGCUGUCCUUGCAGAAUUUCUGGCCACAUUGAUCUUCAUCCUCUUUGGCCUGGGCUCUGCACUCAACUGGCCUUCAGCAUCCUCCCCCAGCAUCCUUCAGAUCGCCCUGGCUUUUGGCUUGGCCAUCAGCACUCUGGUCCAAGCUCUGGGGCACAUCAGUGGAGCUCACAUCAACCCAGCAGUGACAGUGGCUUCCCUCAUAGGCUCCCAGGUCUCCUUCCUCCGUGCAGUCUUCUAUGUGGUGGCCCAGCUCCUGGGGGGGGUGGUGGGAGCUGCCAUCCUCCACGAGAUCACCCCUGCAGAUUCCCGGGAAGGCUUGGCCAUCAACAAGCUGCACAACGGGACCACCACGGGGCAGGCAGUGACUGUUGAGCUCUUCCUCACCUUCCAGCUGGUCCUCUGCAUCUUUGCUUCGACUGAUGAGCGCCGGGAGGACAACCUGGGCUCUCCUGCCCUCUCCAUUGGCCUUUCUGUUGCCGUGGGGCAUCUCCUUGGGAUCCGUUACACCGGCUGCUCCAUGAACCCAGCCCGGUCCUUCGCUCCCGCUGUGAUCGUCGGAGACUUCAGUGACCACUGGGUCUUCUGGGUGGGCCCCCUUCUUGGGGCAGCAGCUGCCUCCAUCAUCUACAAUUAUAUCCUCUUCCCACAAGCCAAAACCUUCUCAGAGAGACUUGCCAUCCUCAAGGGCUGUGAGCCAGAGGAGGACUGGGCAGAACGGGAGGUCCGGAGGCGGCAGUCGAUGGAACUCCACUCCCCACAGACCCUGCCAAGGGGGAUGUCCGAGAAGGUGUAGCCAAACCUUCUCCUGGGUUGAGGGAGGAGCUAGGGA